AUGGUCAAUCGGCGCCGCCUCCUCCUCUACUUCACCAUAUUCGUAGCAUUCUCCAUUCUUUCAGGCUUCGGACUGCACAGACUCCUCCAACCUCGCCAAAUCCCCGUCGCAACAACCCCCUCCGCCCCCAAACAAGCCCCCUUCACCGGCUACACCGACUCCCAAUGCCCGACCGAAGCCCCCUGGCUCUCGCGCCUCAAGAUCCCCCACCCCUACAACUACGCCCGGCGCGACAUCGUCGUCCGCGCCCAACCGGGCCUGAAGCGCUCAUCCUCAACUCAAAUCCCGGGCCCUCUGCACCCCGACUUCGAGCCCAUCGAGCAGGACAACACGCACUUCAAACUCGCAAACUGCCUUUCGCCGCUGCGCCUCGACGUCCCCGCUUGGCCCACCACCCACGCCGACGCGUCAAUCCUCCUCUUCGGCGUCGUGACCUCCUUGUCCAGGCUGCAGACCAGCAUACCGUACUGGGCGCGCUGGCUCUCGUUCACGCGGGCGCGACUGGUCGUGAUGAUCGUCGGUCCCGACGACCACGCGGCGCCAAAACGCGACAUGCGGGCCGCAGAAGCCCAAUUGCGCGCCGCGGGCAUCGCAGCGGACGUCGUCCCGCCAUUGCGCAAAGACCACGGCAUGGAUCGGCGCUAUUUGUCGUUGGUGAAAGUGCUGUAUGAGCGGCGCUCGCCGCAGACGCGCUGGGUCGUCGUCAUGGACGACGACACGUUUUUCCCGUCGAUGCCGGACUUGCUCCGCACGCUGGACACGUACGAUCAUAAUUUGAGCUACUACCUCGGCGCCAUGAGCGAGGAGUGGUGGACGGUCGGCCGCUACUCGUUCAUGGCCAUGGGGGGCGCGGGGAUUUUCCUCUCCAUCCCCCUGCUGGCGGCGCUGCAGCCGCUCUACCAGCGGUGCCAGGACGAGUCGGGCGCCAGCGCCGGCGAUCUCAGGAUUUUCGAAUGUAUUAAGUGGUAUGAUCCCGCGCACACGCGACUGACGCACGUUCCCGGGUUGUAUCAGUUCGAUUUCAAUGGGGAUAGGAGCGGGUUUUUUGAGGGGGGCAGGCAGGCGUUGAGUUUGCACCAUUGGAAGCAGGGGUGGUGGGAUGAGGGCAAUUUGGGGAAUGAUCGGUUGGGUAGGGAGACUUGGUUUCCGAUGGAUGCGAUGCAUUUGGUCUAUGAUGUGUGUGGAACGUGCUUUUUGCAGAGGUGGCGGGUGGGGAAUGAGACCGUGCUGGGGAAUGGGUAUUCGAUCUCGACAUAUCCGACGGGCGCUUUGGAGAAUUUUGAACCGUAUAGGGGGUUGGAGAAGUUGGAGGAGACGUGGGGACAUCCGGGUACGGUGGAGGGGAGUUUGAAUAGUGGUUGGGAGCAUUAUUUGGGGAUUACGAGGCCGAUGCUGGAGUUGGAGGUGGAGAAGGUGCAGUGGAGGUUUUUGGACGCGUGGGAGGCGGAGGGAGGGGGGUGA